AUGCCGUACAGUUUUGAUCUCGACCCAGAGUUGACUGUGGGAUGGGCAGCUUCACGAGAAGCCCCCUCUCAUCCAGACUUUGGCAAAGGAUUUGACAUUUCUUCGGAGCGGUUGCCCAGUCCAGCCGCCACCACCGCAACGAACGAUUCAUUGUUGCUGGCCGCAAUACGCGUGACCCCACCACCCAAGAAGAAAAGCAAAAAGUUAAUGUCGGCACUGCAAGCACAACAGCGACGAGAACGAGCCGAACAAGUCAACCAUUAUUGGACAGUGGCAUGCUGUGUCAUUGCCUGUCUCACCGUCGGAUUCGCUUUGUUGAACAUGGUGGUAUAUUCCGACAACUUUGUCAUCAAAUUGGCAUUCGUCACGCCAUUGGUGACGGCACCUUACGUCGUAUGGCAACGGAGGCAACUCAACAAGGCGCCCUACUUUAAUGAAGAUUAUGCUCGGUUGUUUGCGAAAGUGAGUCGGUUGCGAGACCAGAAUCAAGAGCUACAACUUGAACAUGAUCAACUCGAGAUUGAUUUGAAGCGUCUGAAGGCUGCCGAAAGAAAGUUGAUUUCCAUAGUCACCCAACAGGGAUGCAGUAUGAAGCAAGUUCGGCAACUCGUGAGAGAGAACGGGGAAAUCACGAGAGAAACUAUGCAACUGCAAGAAUCCGAGAGGCUGCUGCAUGUAAUUGAUCCCAAAAAGAAGGCCAGUAGAAGUGCCAACAACAAAUCAAGCUUUGUCGUGGAGUUUGAGGAAGAUGUGGUCAACGAAAUCAUUCAACGACUUCAAAACAUUACGUCGCGAAAACUGAACGAGCGAAGGCUGCGGAAAGCACUCUGCAAAUCACACUCUAAUUCUGUCUAUUCUGUGGGGUCCACUGAAGACAUUAGUGAAUAUGAGGCUUUCACAUUUCGAAGGUGUCCAAGCGACGGGUAG